AUGACUGGCAACGGACAUCCGCCCAGUCCGACCUGGCCAACUCCAACACGCCCAUCCCAUCCAAUCCAGGCGAAUCGCACCAUUGCAUCCAAUUCGGAAGACGCAGUGCCACUAAGAUCAGGCUCCAUUCUCAACACAGUCACCGAAAACCAGCCAGUCAGCCCGGCCGACACGAAGGAAGCGGCGCGCAAGAUGGCAAGAACCCCUAGCAAAUCCACCAAGGGCAAAGAAGCCGGUUCACGGGUUUCCCCAUACCAUCGGCUGAGCGCCGGGGAGCUCGAGAAGAGGGCCGAGGAGCGCGAGAGGAAGGCCGAGGAGCGCGAGAAGAGGGCCGAAGAGCGGCUCAAGGCAGUGGAGAAGAAGAUUGACCUGCUCGGGAGGAGGAUGGACAGGAUCGAAGAGUGGGGCGACCACACCGAAAACCAGAUGGACGAAUUGGAAAUAAUACUGUCAGCCUUUGCUAAAUGCGCUCGUGGGCUCCGGACAGUCAAUAGUGAACCAGCUCCUCAACUGCGCCGCUCCCCAAGAAAUCUUCCCACCACAUCCAAUGUCUGA